AUGCAAUUACUUACAUUGAAUUUUUUAAUCUAUACAAUCGGUGGCGUAUGGCGGCCUAUCGAGUGGUCAUCCAAUGGUGCUAAACUGUCAUAUGAUACGUUUACCUUUAUUAUUCUGUUCAUGUUAUAUUUCUUGGUGUUAAGCCAAUUUCUAUAUAUCGCUCUUGUUGUCGACAAUAUCGAUGAUUUCGUUACUAAUUCUUUCAUUCUUGUGGGUGCUAUCGCCGUUUGUUGUAAAGCGACCAUCGUCACAAAACGUCGACAAGCAAUCAUUAAUUUAGUGCAACUAUUGUUGAAGGAGCCAUGCAAACCUAGAAACGAGAACGAAAUAUUAAUACAAGCAAAAUUCGAUGAUUUCAUCAAAUCGUGCACUAUAAAAUAUUUACUUUUGGCGACGGGGUCCGUCACAAGUGUAACAAUUGGAUCAGUGUUGGCUGUUAUGCAAGGUCACUUGCCUUAUAGAGUAUGGCUACCAUUCGAUACUAAUAUACCUCUGAUAUUCUGGAUUAUAUCUAUACAGCAGAUUAUGACUGUAAUUUUCGCCACUAUCAUAAAUAUUGGCACAGAAACUUUAGUAUUCGGAUUGUUCUUGCAAACAUGCGUCCAGUUUGAAAUUUUUGAAUGUCGUCUUCUCAAAUUAGUAACUGACAAAACUAGAUUUAUGGAACAGUAUCCUACUUUGUCAAAUAAAAAAAUAAUAAUAUCGGACUAUAUACGCCAUCACCUCAUCAUUUACAAAUAUGCCAAGACAGUGAAUGCUGUAUUUAACCAAGCACUUUUUCUUCAAUUCUGUGGCAGUAUUUUGAUAUUAUGUUCGUGCGUAUAUUACAUAUCAAUACAUAUUACGGAGUCCGAAACUGUGACUUUGCUAACUUACAUCAUUUGCAUGUUUGUACAAAUUUAUCUUUAUUGUUGGUCUGGGAACGAAGUCAUACUUAAGAGUAUGAGUGUAGGAGAUGCAGUAUAUAAUUCGGAUUGGCCUUCGUUAUCAGUUAGCGAGAAAAAAGAUCUGUGGAUGAUCAUGAUGCGCAGUACAAUUCCUACCAAGUUUAGCAGCAGUUUCUUAAUAACAUUAUCUCUCCAAGCUUACAGUAACAUCUUGAAAACAUCAUACUCUGCAUUCAAUGUGCUACAACAAUCCUAAGAUAUGAGAUAAUCAAAAUCAUAUUUGGAUACAUAGUAAUAGUAAUAGUAUUUUAGAGUAAUAGUAUUAAUAGUAUUAAUAAUAGUAAUAGUGUUGUUGAUAAAUUAGUAAUCGCCAUAAACUUUUGUCUAUAAAUUUUGUCAUAACCUUGUUUUCUAUUCUAUGUAAGAUUAUUAAUGAAGAUUAUUAUAUACAUUUGCACCUCAUAUUUUAAAUAGCGAAAUACCGAUAUUUAUUGAAACUGAAGACUGCAUACCUAAUAAUAAUGUAACGCAUAUUGAAAAUAGAUGCAUACACUUUAUUAACAUUUGUUUGAAACUGAUUGGCAAUAUUCGUCACACGUAAUCUACUAAUUUUUUUGAGAACUUAUUGUUUGAAGUACAAAUAUGGACAAAUGUAAAAUAGGCGAUGAUUUAAUAAACUGUGAAGUACGAUAUAUCUUUAGAUAAUUGCCAUUAAAUAUCUAUGGAAAAUAAAAUGUAAGCGGUAAAAACUCGAUGUAUAAAGUUACGAAAAGGUAUGGUCAUAAACAUUUUUCUCUGUUUAGAAAAAGAAUAAUUACUCUACUUUUCACAUG